UAGACAGAAGGAAGAAAAGGCAGCUGGAGGUUGCAAGAGGACGGAACAAAUGAAGAUGGGAGGCCGAGUCUGGAUUGUGAUGUUGCUGCUGGCGAUUGGGGUUCAAGGAAUGCGGAUCCCUCUGAAGAAAUUCCCAUCAGUCCGGAAUCGCUUUGGCCAGUCGGGCCUGCCCAUUGCUGACCUCUUAAGACGUGGAGGACUCAGGGCUGGGAAGCCCCCUAACGCUUCCGUCACCCACCAACGCCUCCACAACUAUAUGGACGCACAGUACUACGGGGACAUCUACAUCGGGACCCCGAAACAGCGCUUCACCGUUGUCUUUGAUACCGGCUCUUCCAAUUUGUGGGUGCCCUCCUCCAAAUGUUGCCUGGCACAUCUGGCCUGCUGGGUACACAGUCACUACCGGUCCUUGUUUUCGUGCACCCACGAGGCUGAUAAGUCCAAAUUUGAAAUCCACUACGGAAGCGGCAGCCUGAAAGGAUUCUUGAGCCGGGAUGUUCUGACUUUCUUUAACCUUUCCCACUCUUCUCUUAGCACCAACUAUGAAUCACAAGACCAUGGUGGAGAAAUCACCUUUGGGGAGAUCAAUCACGAUUCCUAUGAGGGGGACAUACACUACCAUGCUGUAAAACGCAAGGCCUACUGGGAAAUCAAGAUGGACAAGGUGACGGUGGAUACACAUACAAAGGAGAAAUGCUGGCCGUGGAAAAUGUUUGAUAAGAGUUCAGGGAAAAUAUGCAAAGAUGGCUGCAAUGCAAUUGUGGACACGGGAACUUCUCUCAUCACAGGGCCCAGCGAAGAGAUCCGUGCGUUGCACGAGGCUCUCGGGGCUGAACAUGCCUUUGGAGGGCAGUACUUGAUAGAUUGUGAAAAGAUGUCAACGUUACCCAAUGUGACUUUCUACCUCAGUGGCAAGCCCUACACCCUGACCCCAGAUGUAUACACCCUCAAGGUGACCCAGAUGAAAAUGACCGCUUGCGUCAGCGGGUUCAUGAGCCUCGAUAUCCCUGCCCCUACUGGCCCGCUCUGGAUCCUGGGUGACGUUUUCCUCCGCCAGUACUACUCCAUCUACGAUCGGGACAACGACCGUGUCGGUUUGGCCCUUUCCAAAAGAACCCUCUGCGGCUCCUCUUCCAAAGCAGAAACCACCGCAGCUCCCACCGUGGCGAAUACCACCACUGCCAGCGAGAGUACCACCUCUGCCAGCCCCCAAAAUUCAGAGGCACAAUGCUAGCUGUUGUUGUAUUCUCUGGGGUCCAGGAAAGGGGGUUGUGGGAGGGGCAGGGCUGAAUAGCAGCGCUGAUGGAAUCAGGCUUCCUGCCUGGAAUCUGUAGUCACCAGAGAAUACUAGUUUCUCUCUCUCUUUUUAUAAGUUUCUGGCCCUUAUGAUUCUUGGGAAAAGGAUUGCUAAGUUGCAACCUGGAGAUGCUCCCUUGGCUGUGGAAUGUGCAGCUGGGCCAGGAGAUGAGGGAGCUUCCUCCUGCUAA